AUUUAUACAUCCGGAUGAGUCAAAAUCACAAACACAACAAAACUAACAUUCAACCACUAUCUACCAUUGUACCAUAGUUGAAAAUUUCAAGAGGACUAAUUGACUAAUUAUGUAAAAUCAUACUUAAAAAAAAAAGAUAGAUUACAAUCCAAGGCCAAUCCAAAUAGACAACAUGAUUAAAUUAACUCGCACAUGUAAAUCUCUGUUUCAACUGCUUCUGUAUAUCUGUUACAUGGUAGUUUUUGUUGAUAGUUCACUCUCCGAUGUUACGUCCGAGGUAUUUGAUCAACAACCUACUGGAUUUAUAGCAGCGUUUGGAGAUCUUGACGCUGACAAGGCAACGGAUAUAUUUGUAAUAUCCGACGAUGGUAAAUGUACCCAUUGGGAUUUUUUAAUGACUAUUUUUUUUCGGAGGCUUUGGCUUUGUAACUAGGAAAAUUGGGGAUUUAAAUUUUAUUUUCAAAAAAUGUUUUUUUAAUCUCAUGACUCAUGUAGUUACUAACUUUGUAGAAUGUAGGAGCUGUUAGACUAGCAACACCAUUCCCCCAACCGUUGUACAAAUCCCAGUAUAGGAUGCAGCAACGAACACUACCAGAACCAAUGUACUGAAUGUAGUGUAGAAGUUGGACUAGUUUUAGAAGCUUGUGAUUGUGUGGUAGGAGAAUAUAUAUUGUUAAUAUUUUUUUUAAUUUCAUUUGCGAACUUAAAGCAGGUUUCCUGUAUUAACUUCUUGUAUUUGUAACAAUACAAACUAGAAAAAAAAUAUGAAGUUCAAAUUGUUAAAAAAAUAUCUCUUCUCUAGGACUACUAAAACUAUAGGAUAGUAAAAUGAAUAAUUUUCUUACCUACGGUUUGAGACGAAUUCAUAUUUUUAUUAAAUUUCUAUUUUACCAUUAAAAAAAAAUACAAGUAAACAAAUGUUGUUUUUUUUAAAUAUAUUUCUAUAUGGAUAAAAUUUUAUUCCCACUGUAACUGCAUAAAAGCAGAUAAAACUUAAAUGUGCCCUCUCUGCAAACAUCAAAAUAAGACAGUAACACAUCACCUCUUCCACUGCCCAGCACUUCAAGACUUAUGCCUAAACCAUCUACCAAAAACACCAGACUACAUCAAAAUCCUAUAUACCAACAAAUAACAACUGCAGAGAGUGUUAAAUUCUUCACCAUGGCUUUAGUCCAAAGGCCACUUGCCCAAAUGGCCACUGGAUAUGGAUGAUGAUGAUGUUGAUAUGGAUAAAAUAGAUUUUAAAUUUAAUACAAAUGUAUGCCGAAUUUCUUAAAUAAAGCCUACAUUGAAUUCAGAGAACAUCUCGCCAACUUGAUACUCUUUAUAAUGUAUCUGAAUAUAUUGCUUGUAUCUCUGUAGUGUGACGAGUGAUUAGUUGUACAUCUUUCUCUUUGCAUCUUUAUUACAGGAAUAUCUGUGUACAUUCUAGAGGCUGAUAUUGACAUAAGGAGGGAUGGAACCAAAUUAAAUAAAAAGUCUUUCAUAGAUGGUAAAGUAACAGACACAAAGAUCAUCAAUAUCGUCCCUGCUGAUUUCAAUGGAGACUCCCAGAUGGAUGUUCUAGUCAUGAGAAGAUCAGGAACUGGAGAAACCACUGUUAACAUUGAGAUCUAUGAUGGGAAAGCUAAAAAUAAAACUGGUUUGUGAUAAAUAUUUAUGAAAUAGUCCCUUAUUCGAUUCAUUUGACAAUGUCCAAUUUUCAAAGAAGUUAAAAAGUAUUUCUUUUUUUAUCCACUAAGAAUGUAAAACUUUAACUUUAAGCAAUUCCUUUAUUUUUGUACAUUCCAAAAAAUCAAUUAUGCUUUUGCUUAAUUAUAAUUAUUUGUAGUUUUAUCUUGAACUUACAUGUUUGAAAUUUCUAUGUUGCAUUUAAAUGAACAUUACCUUUAGAUAUUGAAUUAUUUUUUUGUUUACUAUAAAUUUACAAUUGUGUUGGGUAAAAAAUUAAGAAAAAAAUGUUAUUUCGUUUUAGGAACACCUUAUUUGAAAUUAAACGAGACAUUAAGAGACCAGCCAGCUGUGAUAGAGUGAGUAUUUUUUUUUUAACAGAUUCUUAUAAACAAAAUAUUUCUUAAAAUAAAAGUGUACCUAAUUUAUACAAAUCUGUGAAUUCAUCUGUCACAACUUAAUCAAUAAAAAUAAGUAAUGCAAGAGUUAUAUGUUGAAUUUAAAACAGUAUAAGGCCUUCAUUCUAAUUAUUUUACAAAGGUUUCUGUGGGAGGGGCAGCGUGAUAGUUAUUUGCCCCCACAAACACCUUCUAAAAACUCCAUUAUGUUUUAUUAUGAUCAAAUAUUUAUUUCAGUGCUGAUGGAGACAUGAUGCCAGACCUCUUUGGUGAGACCAGUGACGGCAAGCGUGCUCUCUGGACUUUCCCGUAAAAAAUUUUGAUUUUUUAAAGAAAGCUAUUUAAUUUGUUAUUUAGAACUUUUGCAGAGAAAUGUUAAAUGGUAUUUUAUACAUUGCAAAACAUUAGUGAAAAUAAAUUAUGUUUAAUAUAAUAUUUGUAUCAUUAUUUUGAAAUAUGAUUUCACGCUUCUUCUACUUUUAAUGCAAGUUAUCUUUACACAAAAGUAAAAGUCUGUUUGAUUUUCCAGCAUCAAUGGAACAUACAGUGUUUACUAUUAUCCAAGCGGUAAUGGGACUGCCUUACUACCUCCUUUGAAAAUGCCUCAAUCAAGUGCCUUUCUUGAUUUAGAUGGGGACCUUUUUGCAGGUUAGUACAGAGGGAAACAACAGAGUUUUAGAAGCAAUUAAUAUAUUUUGCUGUAAAAUAUAUAUCAUAACAUUUGAUAAUCGCAUUUUUUAAUCUUCAGACCUGUGUGCGGUAACAGAGGUCAAUCAAGUUGUUUCAUAUGAAUUUUGGUUAAAUAAAGUAAGCACAUUUUUUUUUCUAAAAGGAACUUUAGAAUGAGUUUCUUAUUUACAUAAAAAUUUGAUUGCGCUUAAUUGGGAAACAUUGUACACGUUAACAUUUUUUGAAAGGGUGGUUGUUUAUUUAACUCAAGCCAACUAAAAAAAAAAUCAAAUUCAGCUAUUUGAUGAAGUAAAUUACUUUUUAGGAAAUCUUAUUACUCCUUUACUUUAAGGCAUAAGAAUUUUCAAAUACAAUAGAGACAAUAUUAUUAUAUUUUAUUUCUUGGGACCACAAAUUUUAUUGCAUUUUACCUGAUAACCAUUUUAUUUAUAAAGAGGAACUCUUUUCACGUGAUGGCUACCGAUCAACCUACUUCAAACAAACUACCCCCGGCCCCAACCUGAAUUGAAGUUAACUACAAUGCAUUGCAUUUGAAUAAAAAAAUAUUAAAAUAAAGUUUUUGUAAUUUGAGAAGGAGUGAAAUAAAACAUUUUGGGUUAACCUUAUUUAGAUGAUUUUAGAAUUUGAUAGAGUUUGGGUUGCCAAUAUUACCAAAAUUGCACACUGCAAGAUAGAAUUAAAGCACCAAAAACUGGAAGAUAUAAAUAAAAUGGGGCUAUAAUUAUUGUUAGUGGUUCUGGACUCAGUUGAAGUACUAAAGUAUCAAGUCAUCCAAUUAGGUCAUAUUCAUUUAAAAAUAAAAUAAUUUUUUUUCCCUGGCAGAAUGGCAUUUUGACCCUGACAGAUAAUAUUACUGCACCUGAAGUAUUAAAAGUUAUUGGCCAAGCAUCAUUUGUAGAUUUGAGUGAGUGAAUGGAUUUAUUAAAAAUAUUUUAUUUCAAAUGGACAUAUUAUUUUUUACAUAGAAGUAUGAAACUGAAAAGGAUGUUUUUUAUGAAAAGAUUAUAAAAUGGAACCUUUUUCAAAAGUGAGUAAAGAAGUCUAUAAAAUAUUACUUCACUAAGUUAUCGAUAUUGAUCUUCUUCUUAAAAUAGUCUCCUAGUGUUUGUAUUCUCAGAUGGAAAUCAUGAAACAAAUAUUGUUCUUCCUGGCUGCUUGGAUGAUGCCUGCAAGGAAGCUGCCAUAUUUGUGUGGUCUCAUAAUAAGGCAAGAACUUUUUAAAAUGUUAAAAAAUGAAUUAAUUUGUGGGGUAAUUUUACUGCUUUGUGCACUGCAAUAGUUUUAAAUAUAGAAAAAUGCAGAAUAAAUCUAAAAUAAUCAUGGCUAUCUCAUAUUUGUAAUUAAGACGACAUGAGGACUGUCAAUAUUAUGGGUCAUUUAGUUACACUACAGUAUAUUAUUAUUAUUCUCUUGUUGUUUAUUUAGUAACACUAUUAUUCUCUUGUUUACCAUAAUAAUUUAAAACUAUUAUUAACAGCCGAUCUUCUUUAUUCAACAAUAGACAUUGUGCUACAAUUGGUAGUUUUUUUCUUUCUUAGUCGUCGAAGAACCCCACUCAGGGCAGCUGGUCCCAGUUGGAUGUAAAUUUUAAGACAGAUGAUAGGAAGACUUCCUUUCCCAUUUCUGCUAGUCCAUUUGAUUGGUUAAAUCUGCCAAUAACACUUCGAUUUGGUGAUUUUAACCUUGAUGGGUUUCCUGAUGCUGUUGCAGUUUUAUCAGAUUCAAAAAGGUAGAUUUUUUUUUGGUAUAAAUUGUUUAUCAUGGUUAACCGAAAUGUGAGGCUAAAAUAUAAACUGAGAACCCUAUCAUUUUUAUUUCUUGUUUUUUGUUUUUGUUGCUAUACCUACUUAAAAGAUUUCUUUUAAUUUUUUUCAGUGUAAUAAAUAUCUCUAAGCAAACUAAUAAUAGUAUCUUAUUCAUUGAAUUUAAAAAACAAUAACUUGAUUUUCUGUUGAUCACUUUUUGUAGAAAUCAUGAUUUCUACUUUUUUUUUCCAGCCCUAAGAAUAGGUCUGCAUUUAUUCUUUAUAAUGAGCCUUGCAAGAUUAAUUGCCAGGAUUUUUCCAGAACAUUGUCAAUUGAUUAUAAACAGAAGCUGGAGAAGAACACACCAGUUUUGGUUGCAUUUUAUGAUUUAAUGGAAAAUGUAAGAAUUUUUAUUAUUUUGAGCAGUUCAUAUGAGUUGCAUUAUUCAUAAUACCUGGUACUGAUAAAAAAAUACUUUAUUAUUUUAAAUAUAUAAUAAUAAUGCAUAUGAAAUUCUAUAUAUUGAGAAACUAAAAAUUAAUUGUGCUUUGCCUUUUAAAAAAAUAUUUCAAUAAUUUUCUUUAAUAUAUGGGAUAUUGUACAAUUAUUGUUAACAGCUUUGUAAUGCUGACAGAAAAUGUACUGCUGGUCUACCCAAAAAUGCUGAAGAUCAGGAAAUUGUUAUGCUACACUUAUAUCAAUAACUGUAAAAUAUUUUAUUUUCCUUAAUAAUUUUUUUUGUUUCCAGGGAGUUUUAGAUGUCUUGCUAACUGAAGUCAAAGAGGAUGGAACCACAGUUAUAAGAGCAAUUGAGCAAGAUUUCACAGGAGAUGCCAGUUUCCUUAAAGUGUUGGGUUAGUGCUUAUACACUGUCAGAUAUUUUGAAAAUGAAGAAAUCACUCGUGUUAGUUUAUAAUGACCAAGAUAUUUUGAAAAUGAAGAAAUUACUCCAGUGUUAGUUUAUAAUGACCUCGAGCUGUUUUAACCAUUUAUUGAAUUUUUUUUUCAACAGUUGUGAGUGGUUUGUGUCUUGAUAACUGCCCAAAUAAUCAUUCAGUAAGCAUUGCAAGUAAUUUUACAAUUGUUAUGUCUUAGUUGUGGCUCAUUAUAAUGACUUCUUAGCUUUAAAGAAAGCAUUAUUUUGGCUAAUGAUCAUCAUAUAAUUGUUUAUUAUAUUGAUUGUGACUCAUCCAAUUUAUUUUUAAUUUCAUUGAGGUUAAUUGAAAUUCUUUUUCAAACAGUUACCAUCAAUAGAUACCUUAACUACUAAUCAUGUUCUGCAUUGUUCUGUUUCAGCCUUAUGGUGUUAAUCAGGUGGGACCGACUGCUAAAAUUGUCAGCACCACACCAACAGGAGAUGAUCAGAUCUGUGUCUGUAAGUUAUCCUUUGAUUGGCCAAAUCCUCUAUGGUGUGGCUUAAGUUGACAUUUUACCAUGUUUGACAUGGAAUAAAUAAUUUUGUCUUCCUUGAUCACAAUGCACCAGCUUUUUUUUUUACCUGACCCUCUGAUAUAGAAAGGCAAGUUGCAAUUUCCAGUUUUGGGACAAUAACUUUUGUUUAUAUUUUUUCCACAUAUAAUUUUAAUUUUGUAAAAUAGCAGGAUUUAUCUGCACUUCGGUUCAGAGAAUACAGCUUGGGAUUACCCCUGGACAAUUUCCAACCUGUUACUUCUUUGUUAUGAGGCAGGUGUGGCACCACUUUUGUGAUACCCGGUAUUAGAUUUUGACAGGAGCAUAAAUUAUAAAUUACAUCCUGUGGGUUUAAAUAAGAAUGUAUAAUAUUGUUUCCUUAGCUUCCCAGCUCUCCCAGUCAGCAUACUCUUCUUUGCAACUUCCCUUUAUGUUGUUUGGUCUGGGACAGACACCCAACUUUGUUGAUGAGCUGGAAAUAGGCAUUCAGUACCCUGCAGGCAAGGUGAGUGUUUCAGUUUGGCAGUGCCAUUUUGGGCCAUUCCUUUUAAAUUGUUAUUAUUUUGGUGUUGGAGUUAGAACUUGAGGAAAAUUAAGACAGGUGGUAUCCGAAUGUUGGAUAAAUAAUUAAAUUAUAUUGGGGNGGGGGGGGGGGGGGGGAUAUAUAUGUUUAGAUCUAAUUUCUUUGCCCAACUUUCAGAAUCCACGAAGUCACUCAUGGGCAACUAUAAUUCCCAAUUCUCAAGUCAUAGUAAUUCCUUACCCUCUGGAUAGUCCAGACAGGUCAGUUAUAAUUUUUUCCCAAUGUGUAUAUAUAAAUGUUUGAAAGUUUUCUUAACAAAUAGUCUGAAUCUUUCCAAUAAAUAUUUGGUAACAUACAACAUGAUUAUAAAAUGUUUUUUAAACUUUUAAUAUACCAGAAAAUUGCUAAAAUACAUUGAAAAUAUUUAACUUUUUAUCAUUUAUUUAACCCACUAACUGUGCGGGUAACUAUUCUGUACUGUGGAGGCAAUUUAGAGCUUUUUGGAUGUCUUUGAAAUAGGUGAUUUUUCACAUGCAAAUGCUAUGUAUAGACCCUAUAAAGUAUAUAUUUAUUGAAAUUAGACUGAUUGUGAAAUCAUAUUGGCUAUUUUGUUAAUUCUAUUUUAUACUCUUUGACCGUUACCUUGACCUUGGAGUGGCCAAAAAUAAAGAAAAUAAUGAAAAAUGUUCUUUUCAAGUACAUCAAACUACAAUUUUUUAAAGGCAUAUUAACCAUAAUGUUUAUAUAAUAUUAUAGCAUUUUUAUCUAUCUUUCAGAAAAUUUAUUAUUUGUAUAUGUUUUAGUUAUUAAUAGAUUUUUAAAAAAAAUUUCUUAUGGUACCUACAAUUACAUUCAAGUAACAAAUCACAACAGAAACAAUAUUAACAUUACUAAAGAGCGAGAAACAGAUAAAAUUUAAAAAGCUGCAAUAUAAUCCAUAAAAUGAAAUAUAAGAAAACAUACAGAACAACAUCCAAUUAUGUUUUGUUGGUACACAAUCAUCGGCAACACUUACUCGUUCGAGGCCUAGGUUUAAAGCGUCCAAACUUUCGCUUUCUGACCCACUAGAAAAAUAAUCGGAAUUAUCAUUGUCUUCGUGUGUGAUCGGAAAAUCAUCUUCCGAAUCACUUAAUUCAUUAACUAAAUAGAUGUGUGAUCGGAAAAUCAUCUUCCGAAUCACUUAAUUCAUUAACUAAAUAGAUGUGUGAUCGGAAAAUCAUCUUCCGAAUCACUUAAUUCAUUAACUAAAUAGAACACACUAGCCUUUUAGUAGAAGCGAAUCACUUAAUUCAUUAACUAAAUAGAUGUGUGAUCGGAAAAUCAUCUUCCGAAUCACUUAAUUCAUUAACUAAAUAGAUGUGUGAUCGGAAAAUCAUCUUCUGAAUCACUUAUUUCAUUAACUAAAUAGAUGUGUGAUCGGAAAAUCAUCUUCUGAAUCACUUAUUUCAUUAACUAAAUAGAUGUGUGAUCGGAAAAUCAUCUUCUGAAUCACUUAUUUCAUUAACUAAAUAGAUGUGUGAUCGGAAAAUCAUCUUCCGAAUCACUUAUUUCAUUAACUAAAUAGAUGUGUGAUCGGAAAAUCAUCUUCUGAAUCACUUAUUUCAUUAACUAAAUAGAUGUGUGAUCGGAAAAUCAUCUUCUGAAUCACUUAAUUCAUUAACUAAAUAGAUGUGUGAUCGGAAAAUCAUCUUCUGAAUCACUUAUUUCAUUAACUAAAUAGAUGUGUGAUCGGAAAAUCAUCUUCUGAAUCACUUAAUUCAUUAACUAAAUAGAUGUGUGAUCGGAAAAUCAUCUUCUGAAUCACUUAUUUCAUUAACUAAAAAGUUAUCAAAAAGAUUCUUAACUGAUUUAUUUUGUAAGCCAGAUGGUCCAGCUAUGGCCUCAUUCAUUUCGCGAAAAUCUACUUACACAAAUUAGCUUGAUAAAGAUUGUUAUAAAAAUAACUCCAAAGUUUAAAAAAGGACACAGAAGAGCGAAAAACGGAAGUUUAUUUAUUAUUAAAAGGAAGUAGUUUUAUUUAGUGUAAAAUAUUAGGCUGUUAGAUAUGCUUUCAACGCAGUUUUUAUCAGCCGACACAGUACAGGAAAAGGAACUCUGCCGACAAUUCGUGGGUUAAUAUAACUGAGAGAGAACCAAAUUUCCUAAAGUUCCUAUCACUAUCUAGCUGGAAGCAUGAACUGUAUGUGACACCAAGCCGCCUUGUUCUUUUAACUGGAGCAUCUUUGCUUGGAACUUGUGCCUUUAUAGCUGCUAUUGUUGGUCUGCUACAAUGGAGAGAACGGGUAUGUCAUAGAUUCUUGUUGCCCUCUUAGAGAGGCUGAUUUGAAAUUAAAAAUUGUGUUAUUAUUGUAACUCUAAUAUCACAUUGGGUACCGGUAUUUUAAAAAUCCAGCCUAAAGGAUUUUUUUUACAAUUUUAAACCCUCCCCCUAUUGCAUCUUUAGUAAAAUAUUUAGUUUUAAUGAUAAUGUGCUUGAAAUAUUUCAGAUUGAGGACAAGAAAGAAAAGCUUCAGGAAGCACAACGCUUUCAUUUUGAUGCAAUGUAAUUUUUUGCUGCCUUGAGUAAGAAUCUUAUGUUAGAAACUUGUGAUAUUUUUUAAAAAUUCCACAUUCAUUCAUUAAACUUGCACUGGUUAGUCAAACAACAUUGUAGUAACAUGGACCUCUUAAAAACUGGAUUUAUUAAAGAGAUAACAAUACAAUCUUUAGUUUUGAGCUUAACUUUUUCUUUAUUGAUCGUAGGGCCUCAAAAUAUAGAACAACAACAUUUAAAGAUAAAAAAAAAAAAUUUUUUUUUACACUUAUUUUUUUUUACAUAGUUAAAAUAUCAUUCUGUCACCUUUAACAAAACAAACAAAUAAAUAAAUGAAUAUAAAUUGCUUUCAAGUAUAAUAGUCUUUGCAUUUCUACAGUCUUUUUUAAAAUGAGGAUAUUUCAAAGAAUAUGUACAUGUUUUUUCCAAUCUUGUUAUUGUAAUUCCCACUCUCGAGAACUAUAACAUGUUCUGUAAAGUCAUUAUUUAUUCCCAAUAGCUGUUAGUGUACGUUAUCAUUUACACUGACUUUCCAGUGCUACUACAUUGAUUACAUUGCCUCAUUGUAUUUUGUGUUUUAAGUCUUAAGUUUUCUAUUAAGUCUUGUUCAAUUUUACAUCCAGUUUGAUAGAGAUAACCAUGUAUUCUUAAUUUUAUUUUUCAAUUUUUUAUUUGAAUAACUUUAAAUGUUUUUAAACUUUCAUUUACUUGACUUGAUCUUGAAUAUCCGGUAUUUUACUUAAUUUAAGUUUAAUAUAAUUUUGUGUGUGAUGGCUCAAUGAACGGUUAUUAAUAUUUUACUUCACAUUACCUAUACAAAAGAGUAUAGCGUUGUAAUUGCCAAAUGAAAGAAUUAAGUAUCUGAUUAGAAUUACCAAUUAGAUCAUCUCUGAACAUUCUCUGCCUCAUUUUAGCAGUUUUUCUUAAUCUGUCACUUGUAUCAAUAAAAUGGUCAAGCUUUAAUCCAUCAUUGUAAUUUGUAAAUUUAUAAAGACAUUUAACUGACCAUAUAAAUUAUAGUAUACCGGUAGUAAAUAGUUUUCAUCAACAAAUGUCUACUUUUCCACUACAUAAAACCUGUACGGUACAUUUAAAUUAUUUAUUAUUUAUUAAUGUGAAAUGAAUCCCCAUUUUCCAUCUAUUUUAAUUCUCAGUUUUUCAUUAUGUUAAUCAUUCCAUGAAGGUGUAUUUAUCAAAAUACCAGAACUUGUUUCAUUUAAUACAGAAACCAGUCUGUAUCCAUCAGCGUAAUCUUAUUCCUUCUUAAAGCUGUCUAAUUUAAUUAUGGCAUUCAUUUUUUUUUCAAUUUCAUUUACAACAGUCAGUACUAAGUUUAUAAUCCAUUAAAAUAUAGUUUAAGUUAUCUAUUAAAAUUUGUCAAAUUACAACUGUUAGGUCAUAUUCAACAUUAUAAAAGCCAUUUUUUGGGAUUUAAAUGACUACUAGCCAUAAAGCCCAUUAAUUGAAUAACGAAACAGCUUUAGAAGAAUAUUUGCAGUCAUCCUUGAAAAGGUCUUUUUAAUAGUUGAGAUUCUACUAAAACUGCUGUAGUAAUAUGCAUGCCUGCUUUCUAUUUCAUGAAUUUAACAUCAUUCUCUUUCAAUUCUCUCUGAAUAAAAAUGUAUUAUUUGUGCAAUAAAUGUAUAUGAUUAUGAUGGUUAGUUGGCUAUGUGUUAAUUCCAUGAUUAGUACAGUUUUACUUGUGUGCUAAAUGUUGGUUUAAACUACAUAAGCAGUUUGAUGAAAUAUUGUUC